GGACGAAGGACAAGAGCGACAAAAUCCCGGCAUCGAUCGCUUCAGUCGACAAAACAAGGCAGAAAGUGCUGCCAGUUGCGGGCAGCAUCGAUUCUGCAUCGCUGCGCAUCACUGCUGGACUACAAGAUGGCCAGCCUGCAGCACCUCCACGCCCAGUCGGCCGACUACGCCAACGCCGCGGACCGGUCGGAUAUAGUAGAGACGCUCGCCGCCGCGUGGUCGCGGCGGGGCGCGCCGCGCAUGGCCAAAGACGCGCCCGACGAGGACGCGCUCGGCGGCGCGAGAGCCGCGCUCGGCGAGGUCGAGAGCAGUUCGCUCAAGGCGGCCCGCGCCCGGGCGAACGCCUGGGAGACGCUGGGCAAGGGUAUGUUUGUUUGCCGCUCGGCCCUGAAGCUCGCGGCGCUCGACGCCGCGUUCCGCUUUAAAAAAGAUGGCUUCGUCGACGCGUGCGCGGCGCCGGGCGGCUUCUGCCAGUACCUGAGCGCGAAGGGGAGCCGCGGCGCGGCGCUGUCGCUCGUCGGAUGUAAUACUGAUGGCAAGGGCGCCAGAUGGGAGGCGCCGGCCGACGACCGCGUGGUUGUUGUGGAGGGGGACGUCUACGAGAAGGGCAGGCGGGACGCCCUGGUGGACGCGGCCCCGCCGUCGGUCAUGCUGUGUCUCGGCGACGGCGCGCACGAUUCGUCGAGCGGCGCGCCGGACCAGGACGCCGCCAUCGCUCGGCUGGCGCUCGCCGAGCUCGCCGUGGCCGUAGCUUGCCUGAGUGAAAAGGGCGACUUUGUCGUGAAAUUAUUUCUGCCGCUCCGGUGCGCCGCGACGGUCGCGCUCGUCCACGUCGCCUCGCGGCUCUUCGACACCAUAUCGCUCGCCAAGCCGGUCACGAGCCGGGCGUCGUCGGGCGAGGUGUAUCUCGUCGGGCGCGGCUUCGGGGCGCUGAGCGAGGCGGAGCGGGGCGGCGUCGUGCGCGCGCUCGACGCGGCCGUCGCCGACACGACGCCCGUGGACCGAGAGCUACCGCAGACCGUCGCGCGGACGCUCGACUUCCUCGCCGGCGCGCGCCGCCUCUUCGUGCGCGAGCAGCUGAACGCCUGCACGAACGUCGCCGCGCUCGCGGCGGGGCUGCCCGGUACGAAUGGGGAGAAGGUCGACGCGGAGGCCUACGAGCGGGCCUGGGGCCUCGCCCCGGGGAGCCUCGGGAAGCGGCGGCGGCCCUUCGUCGUCGGGCUGGCCGGGCCCUCGGGCUCGGGCAAGUCGACGCUCGCCGGUCGCCUCGCCGCGGCCUUGGACGGUCGAGUCGUCCACGAAGAACGGUCCUGGUUCAAAGCGAGCGCUGCGCCAUCGUACGCGUUCCGCGACCCGAUCUCGGAAGCGCCUUGUCACGUCGACUGGUCUUUGGCGAAGGCGGCGGUGCGCGACGCGAUCGCGGCGCCAGGACCGGUUGUUGUCGUUGAGAACUAUCUGUUGCUUGCCCCGGACGGCGGCGGGCGCCACCUCGAGCCGGAGGUCGACGUCGUCUUAUUGCUGGAUGGACACGGCGCGUCGUCGCGCCUGCGAGAGAAGUGCCGCGAGCGCCGCGUCGCGCGGAACCUGGAGCGGCCGGAGGCCGAGAAGACCGCGCUGCGCACCUACUACGACGAGCACGUCUUCCCUGCGUAUCAGAAGUACACGCGCGGG